CCAGGCUCAAAAACAUUUGUAGUCUGAGGUAGUGAUAAAAUAAAUAAUUUUAUUAAAUGAUAAAUGAACAAAGAUAUUUCUAAGUAGUAAAAUGAAGAUAAAGUUUUCUAUCAAAUAUGGUUUAUUUACAAUAUAAGUAAAAACAAAGAAAAAUAUAUAGCACUAAAGGAAAAAAAACUAAAGAAAAAGUUUUUGUUGUAAACUUGUUCUGAUUUGUGAUAUUGAUCUGCACUGCACAACUGGGCAGCCAGUUGCGUGUAAGUAGGUCACGCUGACUCCGCCCUAGGCAGGAGCUGCUGGAAAGGGGAAAGAUAGAGAGCAUGAGAACUGAAGCAUGAGCCACAUGUUGCUCAAAUCUUUGAUAAAGUUGGAUUUUUGAGAGGUUUAUUUGCAAAAUACACCUGGGAGAUAAAACUGCCAUCCGGUCAUCAUCCGGUGAAAAUCUGAAGGAGAUAAAAAGAUAUUUUUGUUAUAUGAGGGAAUCGGCCAGUUUUGUUAUCUGAGAAAUCAGAUUCUGGAUCUCUUUACUGUGGACUGCAUUAAUCUGGAACUUCGAAUGUGCAUAGUGUGAGAUGGCGAGCCACCAUGAGACACCUACUUUUCUUCUGUUGAUAUCUGCGUUGCGAUUUCUACAAAUUGUUUCACUGGAUUAUUGAAGGUUUGAUUAUUGAAGCACUGGAACAUUCAUUCUAAGGAACUGAAGAAAGAGAAAUUAUAAAUCUCAUUUGAACUUAUAUACUUGAUUUUUGCGCCUUUUGAACUAUACACUCCAAGGAGUUUCUUGGUAUUUGAGUUUAUUUCGUAAAUUAUACGAAUUGUUACUCUACUUUUAGAGUUGGUGUGCUUUCUUUUACAUUCCUUUUAUUUUAAUUUGUUUAUAUUGUAAUAUUGUCAUACUUAAAUGUGCUUUUCUUCAGUAAGUCUAAAAUUCUAAACAUAACAUAUAAAUAAUUACAUUCAAACUAUAUACACGUGUGUGUGUGUGCCAUUGCCUCCUACGAACCGUGUUGUCUUCUGAUCUAUCUGGCCUAGUGCAUUGUUGCAUUUCAGUGAGUAGUCAUCCCUGAGAAGCCUCAUAGGGGCUACAUAUUCGUGGCGAGCCAGCCAGGAGGCAAAGGAAAACACACACACACACUUACUAAUGAUCAUUUAAAGUUCCCAUUUUUUUUAGUGAGGGAGUUAGCCAUUUUGAAAACAGUUGUAGAAGUAGUGAAAAAACAAAAAAAACAAAUGGAGGUUGUAGAGAAAGAGGGCGUGAAAGUUCCAAAUGCUGUUUUAAUUAGCGGCAUAACUGAUACUGAAGUGGAUGAAGAAAUAUUAGACUUCCUGGCGCAGUAUGGGUCAAUUAUUAGAUCCAUCCCAGUGAUUGAUCCUAGCUUAGAGUCAAAGAAGUCUUUAAUAGUUGAAUUCAGCUCUGGACUAGCAGUUCAAAACCUCCAGGAAAUGCUUCCCUAUGUUCAGCAAGCAGAAGAUAAUCCUGACAUCUCUUUUCAUGUAACAGCUCUAUCAGACACUUAUAUUCAGAAGCUGGGAAAAACCACAACCCAAAGUUAUCUCAAUGAUCUGAAAGAAUUAGCGAGUCGUAGUGGGGAAAGCUUUGAGGAUGUUCUGAAGGGCAUGCUAGAUCAUAUUCAGGAGACAAUUAUCCAAAAGCCAUGUCUUGAACCUACCGUUGUAGGAGCUGACGAGUCAUUACCUGUUCAUUCAACAGAUCCGCCCCAGACUGAGUUCACCUUUAAGCAGUCUCAAGCGCCAAACAAUGCUGCACAACAUCAUACUGUUCCACCAGCAUCUGCAGCCGCAAGCCCAAGGUCCCCAUCGUUCACUGUAAGUGACUUAAACCCACCUGCAGUGCAAAAAGUUGUAGUGGAGCACCUUGUACGCACAAGUGACUUUGCAAUGUCUGGGAAUUCACCAUUGCGGCUCCGUGCUUUCUCCGGGCGAGUUCCCCACCCACCCAAUGAGGCUGAUUAUGAAACUUGGCGCACCAGUGCUGAACUUCUCUGUCAAGACCCAACAGUAUCUGAUUUCCACAGAGUUCGUAGAAUCUGUGAAAGUCUUUUGUCACCAGCAGCAGACAUUGUGAAAUCUCUUAGUCCCACAGCAACGCCUUCAGCUUACAUUCAGCUACUUGACUCUGCUUUUGCUCCCAUUGAGGAUGGUGAUGAAUUAUUCGCCAAAUUUCUAAAUACAUUCCAGAACCCAGGUGAAAAGCCAUCUGCCUACCUACAACGACUGCAUGUGGCAUUGCAGACCACCAUGCGACGUGGUGGAGUACUUAGUUCAGAGGUCGACAAACAUCUGCUUAAACAGUUUUGCAGGGGAUGUUGGGAAAGCCCUUUGCUUCUAGAGUUGCAAUUAGAGCAGAAAAAGAACUCACCUCCAUCCUUUGCUGAGCUGAUGACAAUGUUACGUACUGAGGAGAGCAAACAAGCUUCAAAAAAUGUACGGAUGAAACAACACUUAGGUAAUCCUAAGCCACGUGUUGUAGUAAAUUCUCAAACAGCCAUUAGUGAUGAUGUGACCCAGUUACAUUCCGUUACUGCUCAGUUAGCAAGCCAAAUAACACAGCUCCAAAAGCAGCUCGCAGUGCUAACUUCAAAACAGUCCAAAGAGAAGCAAAACCCAAAGAUAAGUGCUGUCAAACCUGAGAGUAGUCAAGACACGUGUAGUUCUAAGAGAAAAGACAAAAUUUCAGACAAAUCACAGCCAGCUAGACCUAAGCCAGGUUACUGCUUUAGGUGUGGAGAGGAGGGGCAUAUUGCCAGCUCCUGCUCAAAUGAUCCUAAUCCCAUGUUAGUAGCAGAAAAAAGAGAACAACUCAAAAAGCGUCAAAGGGAAUGGGAUUUGCAGUAUGGCAACCUUAAGCCGCAGUCAAACUAAAACCAGUUCCUGCUGCGGGACAAACAGGAACUGGAACCAAAUCAAAGUGUCCCAAACCCCAAAAUGUGUUGAUAGCACGAGCACAGAUGAAUUUACGACAACCAAUGUUACCCAGAGGAUUAAUUGGAGCCAGAUGCACCACCCAAGUGAACAUAGCAGGAGUAACGUGUGACUGUUUGCUCGAUACUGGUUCACAAGUUACCACCAUCACGCAGUCUUUCUACAAUAAAAACCUAAGUGACCAACAAAUUCAUUCUUUAGGUAAUUUACUUGAGGUUGAGAGUGCCAACGGUCAAAAUGUCCCCUACCUCGGUUACGUCGAACUUACCAUCACCUUUCCUAAAGAAUUUGUUGGAGUCAACAUGGACGUACCUACCUUAGCUCUUGUUAUCCCUGAUCUUCCAUCUGCCUUUCAGCCAUCUGUAUUGAUUGGCACAAAUACCUUGGAUGAGCUAUAUAAGGACUUUUCACAUCAAAAACCUCUUUACUUUUCACCCUCUUUUGGGUACAAGCAAGUUCUUAAAAUCUUGGAGUUGCGCCAAAACCAGGCUGUGGAAGGCAAUGUCGGGCUGGUGCGUUUACCUGAGAAGCAACCCCAAGUAAUUCCAGCUGGUCAAAGCGCAGUUCUUUGCGGAACAGCAUCUGUUCAAAGAGUGUACCCUGACAAAUGGGUAGUUGUUGAACACCCAACCUUUUCUUCCUUACCUGGUGGCUUGAUUGUAAAGACAUGCAUAGCUACCCUUGGGGAGUUUAACCCUUGUUACUUACCUGUGGUGAUUUCCAAUCCCACCGCUCAUGACAUCACCAUUCCUUCCAGAUGUAUUGUGGCUGAACUAAAGGCUGUUCAGUCUGUGAAUCCUAGUAAACAGUCAGCCAGUGAAGUUGAUACAGAACCCACUCUGAAGUCUUCUCUUGAAUUCAAUUUUGGAGAUUCGUCCAUUCCGCCAGAAUGGAAAGACAGGCUUACCAGUCGGUUAAGGGAAAUGCCAGAAGUCUUUUCUUUACAUUCUCAAGAUUUCGGGUGCACUGACAAAGUUAAACACAAAAUCAACCUUACGGACGAGACCCCUUUUAAACAUCGGGCCAGGCCUAUACAUCCAGAGGAUAUGGAAGCUGUAAAGAAACAUCUACAGGAGUUGCUCGAUGCAGGAGUCAUACGAGAAUCUGUGUCCCCUUAUUCCUCACCAAUUGUCGUUGUGAAAAAGAAAAGUGGGGAUGUCAGAUUAUGUAUAGACUAUCGGAAACUGAACCAACGAACCAUAAAAGAUGCUUAUGCACUUCCAAAACUGGAGGAUACCUUUAUGGCUUUGACAGGAUCCAAGUGGUUCUCGGUACUUGACCUGAAGUCUGGAUUUUACCAAAUUGAGGUCGAGGAGAAGGAUAAGGCAAAGACCGCGUUUGUGUGUCCCUUGGGAUUCUACGAAUUUAACCGUAUGCCACAAGGGGUCACUAAUGCACCAAGCACUUUUCAGAGAAUCAUGGAGAAGUGCAUGGCAGACAUUAAUCUCCGUGAAGUUCUCGUGUUUAUUGAUGAUAUAAUUGUGUUCUCCAAAGACUUGGACGAGCAUGAAGAAAGGCUAUUCAGGGUCUUAAACAGGCUCAAGGAAUAUGGCUUAAAACUUGCUCCAGAGAAAUGCAUCUUUGCACAGUCCUCAGUCAGGUACCUUGGACAUAUAGUGUCCGACAAAGGUGUGCAGACCGAUCCAGACAAAGUGGCAGCUGUCAAAACCUGGCCGGUUCCUAGGAAUCUGAAAGAACUUCGGUCCUUUCUAGGAUUUGUAGGUUAUUACCGCCGUUUUGUCAAAGAUUUCUCGAAAAAAGUCAAGCCCCUAAAUGACUUAACUUCAGGAUACCCCCCUGCUCGUCGGGACACAAAGCCAAAUAAAAGUGGACAGUAUUGGAACCCGAAGGAUUCUUUUAGCAGUAGAUGGACAACUACUUGCCAAAGAGCAUUUGAUCAAAUAAUUGAGGAACUCACUACUGCUCCCGUAUUAGCAUUCGCUAACCCAAAAUUACCAUAUGUUCUGCACACAGAUGCUAGCACAUCAGGGCUAGGUGCCGCUUUAUACCAAGAGCAGGACGGGCAAAUGAGGGUAGUUGCUUAUGCAAGUCGGGGACUCUCAUCCAGCGAAUCCAAGUAUCCCGCCCAUAAAUUAGAAUUCCUAGCGUUAAAAUGGGCGGUCACAGAGAAAUUCCAUGAUUUCCUUUAUGGCAGCACCUUCACAGUAGUGACAGAUAGUAACCCCCUAACCUAUGUUCUUUCCACUGCCAAGCUUGAUGCAGCAGGGUAUAGGUGGUUAGCUGCGCUCUCUACUUAUGACUUUAAGCUGCAGUACAGGUGCGGGAGGCAAAACAUUGACGCUGAUGGGUUGUCUCGCCGACCUCAUACAAACCUUUCUGUAGAUGAUGCCUCUCACAAUGAACAGAACCAAAUACUUACCUUUGUUGAACGGCUCACUGAAGAGGCAGGAGAGAGAAAAAUUAGCAGUGAAGUAGUGAGAGCCAUAUGUGACAGUCGUCUUACCCAACAGUCAGAGUAUGUGCACGACUUACCUGUUACCUUCAUUAGUUCUCUGACAAUGCAGACGGCUGCAGUGCCCGAUGAUUACUCACAAGAAGACCAUUGUGGGGGAUUACCAAGUAUUCCCCAUCUAUCUUCUUUAGAGAUCCAAAGAGCUCAACUGGCCGAUCCCUGUAUCAGAGAAGUUAUCACCCAAAUUCAGACUGGAGAAUCUCCUUCAAGAACUGUCCGUGACGCUCUUCCUAGGUUACCUUACCUUCUCAGAGAAAAGGAACGUUUGGAGUUCCAUGAUGGAGUUCUCUAUCGAAGGAGAAGUGUAGCUGAUAAGACAACAUAUCAGUUGGUUCUGCCGGAAGAAUUUCAUUCCGACGUCCUUAAAUAUCUACAUGAUGACCUUGGUCAUAUGGGAAUUGACCGUACUUUAGAGUUGGUGCGGAACCGUUUCUAUUGGCCCAAAAUGGCUUCGGACAUAGAGUAUAAGAUCAGAACGUGUGGUCGAUGUAUACGGCGAAAGGUCCUACCUGAAAAGGCUGCACCACUAGUGAACAUUACAACCAACCGGCCUUUACAGUUAGUAUGCAUGGAUUUUCUUACACUUGAGCCUGAUCGCAGCAACACUAAGGAUGUGUUGGUAAUAACAGAUCACUUUACUAAAUAUGCCCUGGCUAUUCCUACUCCAAACCAAAAAGCCAAGACUGUUGCGAAGUGUUUGUGGGAGCAGUUCAUAUGUUACUAUGGCUAUCCAGAACGCCUUCACAGCGAUCAAGGCCCUGAUUUUGAGUCGCAGCUAAUUAAGGAAUUGUGUGAUAUUGCUGGAGUGCGGAAAGUAAGGACAACCCCAUACCAUCCGAGGGGAAACCCAGUUGAAAGAUUCAACAGGACCUUGCUAAACAUGCUUGGAACUUUGGAAGCCAAGAAGAAAAGUUGCUGGAAAGAGUUUGUAAAGCCACUCGUACACGCUUACAACUGUACCAGAAAUGAAACCACCGGGUUUAGCCCUUAUGAGCUUAUGUUUGGGCGACAACCUAGGCUUCCAGUAGAUCUAGCAUUUGGAUUACCCAUAAAAGACAAGAUGGAUGUAACACACUCUCAGUAUGUAAAGAACCUAAAGUCAAACCUCAAGGAAAGUUUUCGGAUCGCAGUCGAAAAUUCCAAAAAGAUGGCUGGAAAAAAUAAAGCUCGCUAUGAUAGACAUGUUGUUGCAUCAGUAUUGGAAAAAGGUGACAGAGUUCUCGUGAGAAACGUCAGAUUGAGAGGAAAGAAUAAACUUGCUGACAAAUGGGAAGAAAUGGUCUACGUUGUGAUUGAUCAACAUGGUGAUUUACCUGUGUACAAAGUGUGUCCUGAGUUUCAAACCGGGCCCAUUCGGACUUUACAUCGUGACUUAUUACUUCCUUGCGGAACCCUCUCUUCUGAUGUAAAAGAGCAUGAGUCACCAAGUCCAGUUCCGAAGCGUAAAACUCGUAGUAGAGCAGUCUGUGAAGAUUCUGAAAAUAUUCCUGACUCAGAUGAGGAGGUUUACUAUUUAGGACCCCAAUUAGAUGUUGUACAUGAGUCUUACACACUUCACACUUCUGAAGUUACGCAUCCUGAGAGAAAUACUGUUAAAUUUUUGAAGGCGAGCUCAGAGAAUGAAACCCCAAAUGGUGAGGUUCAGCCUGAAGAAAACUUACCUGGAGAUCCUGAAGAAAACUUACCUGGAGAUCCUGAAGAAAACUUACCUGGAGAUCCUGAAGAAAACUUACCUGGAGAUCCUGAAGAAAACUUACCUGGAGAUCCUGAAGAAAACUUACCUGGAGAUCCUGAAGGAAACUUACCUGGAGAUCCUGAAGGAAACUUACCUCUGAGUCUUGAAGUCGAACCUGAAAGAGAGAACACAGUCCAGCUAACUCAUUCAGCUACCUCGGUGGCAAGUGAAUCAAGUGUGGAUAGAUCUGGCUCUGCUGGAGAGGAAUUAAAUAAUGUUAAAGUUGCUGAAACUUGUACAGGAGUCCAAGAACCUGAGGAGAUCAUAGAUGGAAAUGAGCUAAGAAGAUCUACCAGAAUUAGAGAGAAACCCAAGGUGUUAACUUACCCUAAAUUUGGAAAUCCUCUGAUUACAAUAGUUCAGUCCCUUCUUCAAGGUCUGAAUGAUGCUUUUUCAGAGUCCUUGCAAGAACAUUCCCAAUUGAGUUGUCCUGUAUCUCAAGAGUAUGUACUCACUAAGGAUGUGCAAAGGGACUUGCAAGAUUUUAAGGGGGGAGGGUGUAACCCAGGCUCAAAAACAUUUGUAGUCUGAGGUAGUGAUAAAAUAAAUAAUUUUAUUAAAUGAUAAAUGAACAAAGAUAUUUCUAAGUAGUAAAAUGAAGAUAAAGUUUUCUAUCAAAUAUGGUUUAUUUACAAUAUAAGUAAAAACAAAGAAAAAUAUAUAGCACUAAAGGAAAAAAAACUAAAGAAAAAGUUUUUGUUGUAAACUUGUUCUGAUUUGUGAUAUUGAUCUGCACUGCACAACUGGGCAGCCAGUUGCGUGUAAGUAGGUCACGCUGACUCCGCCCUAGGCAGGAGCUGCUGGAAAGGGGAAAGAUAGAGAGCAUGAGAACUGAAGCAUGAGCCACAUGUUGCUCAAAUCUUUGAUAAAGUUGGAUUUUUGAGAGGUUUAUUUGCAAAAUACACCUGGGAGAUAAAACUGCCAUCCGGUCAUCAUCCGGUGAAAAUCUGAAGGAGAUAAAAAGAUAUUUUUGUUAUAUGAGGGAAUCGGCCAGUUUUGUUAUCUGAGAAAUCAGAUUCUGGAUCUCUUUACUGUGGACUGCAUUAAUCUGGAACUUCGAAUGUGCAUAGUGUGAGAUGGCGAGCCACCAUGAGACACCUACUUUUCUUCUGUUGAUAUCUGCGUUGCGAUUUCUACAAAUUGUUUCACUGGAUUAUUGAAGGUUUGAUUAUUGAAGCACUGGAACAUUCAUUCUAAGGAACUGAAGAAAGAGAAAUUAUAAAUCUCAUUUGAACUUAUAUACUUGAUUUUUGCGCCUUUUGAACUAUACACUCCAAGGAGUUUCUUGGUAUUUGAGUUUAUUUCGUAAAUUAUACGAAUUGUUACUCUACUUUUAGAGUUGGUGUGCUUUCUUUUACAUUCCUUUUAUUUUAAUUUGUUUAUAUUGUAAUAUUGUCAUACUUAAAUGUGCUUUUCUUCAGUAAGUCUAAAAUUCUAAACAUAACAUAUAAAUAAUUACAUUCAAACUAUA